CAGAUAUUGGAAGCAUGAUGUUGUAUACUGUUUUCAAGGCCACAAUCUUUAUGCUCCUUGUAUCCUCUUGCAGUGCUGCUAAUUCGAAUCUUUUCCGGGAAUACAUUGGUGCGGAAUCCAACACAGUUAAGUUAUCUGAUGUGCCAAUAAACUCUAAUGUGGAAGUCCAUUUCAUCCUAGCAUUCGCUAUCGAUUACACCCAAGAUACUCACCCAUCACCCACAAAUGGUAAAUUUGAUGUUUUCUGGGAAACCAACCAUUUGGGUCCUUCGGAUAUAGCAGCAAUUAAAGCCAAGAACUCAAAUGUCAAAGUGGCAGUUAGCUUGGGUGGGGAUAGUGUUUCGAAGGGUAAAAAGGCGUAUUUUGCUCCUAAAUCCAUUAACUCAUGGGUUCAAAAUGCAGUUAAUUCAUUAACUAGUAUGAUUAAGCAAUACAAUUUGGACGGUAUCGACAUUGAUUAUGAACACUUUAGAUCGGAUGACAAAACUUUUGUCGAAUGCAUAGGACAGCUUAUAAAAAUUCUAAAGAAAAAACGAACAAUCAAAUUUGCUUCUAUCGCCCCCUAUGAAGAUAACGGGCCUGUUGAAAGCCGUUAUACGGCUUUGUGGAAGAAAUAUGGGCAUGUUAUCGACUAUGUGAAUUUCCAGUUUUACGCAUAUGAUAAACUCAGUGUAUCACAGUUUUUAAAGCAUUUUAAUCGUCAACAAGCUUCAAGUUAUGCCGGAAGUCAGUUUCUAGCGAGUUUCAUAAGCAAGGGUAACUUAGGUUUGUCUCCUAAAGAUGGAUUCUUUGAGGCAUGCAAGAAUUUGAAGAGUCAAGGUAAGCUUGGAGGCAUAUUUGUGUGGUGUGCUGAUGAAUCUAAAGCUUUCAAAUUUGUACAUGAAAAAGAAUCUCAGGCCUUAUUGGCUGCAUGAUCAACAUCCUUAUUUCAUCAUGGACAUAAUAUGUUUGAUUUCUUAUGCCCGUAAUUUCCUUCUUCUUGCUACGUAAUCGAAAAUAAGAUACUGUCAAUCAAA